AGAAAAAGAAAAAAAAAAACCGGUCAAGAAAAAAUUAUAAAUCAAAUCUUAAUCGACUUAAUCAGUAAAUAAUUCCAUAACUUUAGCAAAUAGCUGUCGCAGCAAUUGAAAAACGUUGCCUAGAUCAUGUCUCUCUUGGCCAAAGCUUUGUUAAAAAAUUUACCACAAAUUGGCAAGCAAUUGUGUCAACAACAGCAAACACGACAAACACUAACACGUUUACUGCAUCAAACUACUCCUUUGCUCUCUGUUAAGAUCCAGCAGCCAGCACCGGAUUUCAAAGGUAUUGCUGUGGUGGGCAAGGAAUUUAAAGAAAUCCAAUUGUCAGAUUAUAAUGGCAAAUAUUUGGUAUUGUUUUUCUAUCCUCUAGAUUUCACUUUUGUAUGUCCUACAGAGAUUAUAUCUUUUAGCGAGCGUAUUAAGGAAUUUAAAGAGUUGAACGCCGAAGUUGUGGGGGUUUCAGUAGAUUCGCAUUUCAGCCAUUUAGUUUGGGCCAACGUUGAUCGCAAAGCCGGUGGCCUAGGCGGACUUGACUACCCUUUGCUCUCCGAUAUAACGAAACAAAUUAGCGAAAAGUAUGGUGUUCUAUUGGAAAGUCAAGGCAUUUCAUUACGUGGAACAUUCAUAAUUGAUCCUAAUGGUAAUGUCCGCCAGUACUCGAUCAAUGAUCUUCCAGUUGGACGUUCAGUCGAUGAAGUUCUGCGUCUGAUCAAGGCAUUCCAGUUUGUCGAUAAACAUGGCGAAGUAUGCCCAGCUAAUUGGAAUCCGAAAACAAAUCCCGAUACCAUAAAACCGGAUGUCAACAAAGCAAAAGAAUAUUUCAAUAAACAUGGUUAAGCCUUGGACUGCUACCAAACAUUCUCACUUAAAAACGGGGGAUUUGAGUUAUUUGUGUUUAUAUUUGGGGACUUUGAAUGUUAUAUUCUUUCUAUAUAAUGUCUAAUCAUGAUUCAAGUUGAAAUAAAUUGAAAACCCACGGAAUUAAAAA